AUGUGGAAGUGGGGAAGGUUCCAAAGCGUUGGAUUCUCAAAGUUAAUUACUACUGGAGACUUCCCAUGCAUAUGGCUUCAUCAUAUUCAGCUCUUUCCCCUCAUCUCCUGUCCUGCGGCAUGUGCUUCUUAUUAUUUCAGUUUGUUGCCCUGUCACUCUCAACUCAAUGCCCUACCCCCACCCAUUUUUCACUCACAACUCAGUGCCCUGUUUCAGUCUCAGCUCAAGCAUGUCUUGGAUCCUUCCUUGGACACACUCAACUCAAAUGAUGAUGAUGAUGAAUGCAUGUUUUCGUCAUGCGUUGGUUAUAAUUACUAA